GGGCCUGGUGGAAGGAAGAUAGUCUCUGAGGUCUGGAACUCAAGGGUGGGGCUGUCCCCUGAGCCUAUUCUGUCCCUAUCUCAAAGAUAGCAUAAGUGGCCACCUGCACCCCCUGCCAGACCCUGGGCUUCACCUGGAGAUCUGAUCCCUAGCCAGCCUGACUGUCCCCCUCUGUGACCACUGGCAUCUCCCUAUGCUUUCUGUGUUCCCCAGCCCAGCCCAAAGUGUAAAGUCCACCAGGUCCCUGCUGGCCAUUUGCAGUGGCUCACACCUAUAAUCCCAGCACUUUGGGAGGGUGAAGUGAGAAGAUCCCUUGAGCCCAAGAGUUCGAAACCAGCCUGGGCAACGUAAGGAGACCCCAUGUCUAUUAAAAAAAAAAACAAAGGAAAGCGCCUGUGUGACCUGCGCUAAGCGGAUGUUGGCCCGCUUUUCUGUGGUGCCUCGGAGGUGUUCACCUGCUUCAAGAUGAAGCUGAACAUCUCCUUCCCAGCCACUGGCUGCCAGAAACUCAUUGAAGUGGACGAUGAACGCAAACUUUGUACUUUUUAUGAGAAGCAUAUGGCCACAGAAGUUGCUGCUGGCGCUCUGGGUGAAGAAUGGAAGAGUUACGUGGUCCGAAUCAGUGGUGGGAACAACAAACAAGGUUUCCCCUUGAAACAGGGUGUCUUGACCCAUGGCCGUGUCCACCUGCUACUGAGUAAGGGGCAUUCCUGUUACAGACCAAGGAGAACUGGAGAAAGAAAGAGAAAAUCAGUUCGUGGUUGCAUUGUGGAUGCCAUUCUGAGUGUUCUCAACUCAGAUUGUAAAAAAAAAGGAGAGAAGGAUAUUCCUGGACUGACUGAUACUAUGGUGCUUCGUCGCCUGGGGCCCAAUAGAACUAGCAGAAUCCGUAAAUUUUUCAAUCUCUCUAAAGAAGAUGAUGUCUGCCAGUAUGUUGUAAGAAAGCCCUUAAACAAAGAAGGUAAGAAACCUAGGACCAAAGCACCCAAGAUUCAGCAUCUUGUUACUCCACAUGUCCUGCAGCACAAACAGCAGCGUAUUGCUCUGAAGAAGCAGCAUAUUAAGAAAAAUAAGGAAGAGGCUGCAGAAUAUGCUAAACUUUUGGCCAAGAGAAUGAAGGAGGCUAAGGAGAAGCACCAGGGACAAAUCGUGAAGAGACACAGACCGUCCUCUCUGCAAGCUUCUACUUCUAAGUCUGAAUCCAGUCAGAAAUAAGAUUUUUUGAGUAACAAAUAAGAUCAGAUUUGCAAAAAAAAAAAAAA